AUGUUCAGGAACCGUGACUCAUUCAAGCAGCAUAUGGCUAUGUUUGCAAUAGCCAAUAAGUUUUGCUACCGGCACGCAAAGUCUGAUCCAAGCAUGAUGGUAUUGAAAUGUAUAAGCUCAUCUUGCCAAUGGCGUGUGUACGCAAUCAGGUUAAAGGACUCGGAUGUAUUUGAGGUGAGGAAAGUUGACCCCAUUCAUUCCUGUUCCAUAACGGACCGGGGUGGAUACCAAGGCCAAGCGACAUCAGCGGUAAUAGGAGAAUUGAUGAAGACUAAAUAUGAUGGAAACGGAAUCGGACCCAAGCCAACUGAAAUUCGAAGGAUGAUGCGCGGUGACCAUGAUGUCUCUAUUUCAUACUGGAAAGCGUGGAAGUCAAGGGAUAUGGCUGUGGAUAAUGGACAAGGAACUUGUAAUGAUUCUUACAAAAGACUACCGUCGUACCUGAAUAACCUUGUGUUGGCCAACCCGGGAUCUUUGGCGAAUUUGCACACCGAGCAAGGGGAUGGAGGUGGACACAGAUUUAAAUGCAUGUUCCUCGCAUUGGGAGCAUCAUCAGCUGAAGAUGGUAACCACCAAAUAUUCCCGUUGGCCUGCGCCGUUGUGGAUAGCGAGAAUGACAAGUCCUGGGAGUGGUUUUUCCAAAAUUUAUCAGCAUUUGUCCCUAAUGAGAGUGGAUUGGUCCUCGUAUCUGACAGACAUCCCUCUAUCUACAAAGCUAUCAGCCAGGUGUAUCCGAGUGCAGGGCACUGCAUAUGUGUUGUACAUCUGAAGAGAAACAUAAGGACCAAUUUUAAAGAGAGACAUUUGGGACAUCUGGUUGCAAAGGCGGCUAGGGCGUACAGGUUGAACGAUUUCUAUGUAACAUUCAACAAGAUUAAAGUCAUGGAUCCUUCUUGUGCAGCAUACCUAAUCGAGAUAGGUUUUGAACAUUGGGCAAGGUCUCAUUUCCCUGGAAACCGGUACAAUGUAAUGACAAGCAACUUGGCUGAGUCUUGGAAUUCGGUCCUUUGCAAAGCGAGGGAGUUUCCCAUCAUACAGCUGCUUGAGUUCAUCUCUGAGAAGAUUAUGACAUGGUUUGCUAAGAGGAGUGAGGUGGCAACCAAGUGUGGCAGAGAGCUGGCACCGCACAUUGAACAACAGCUAACGAACAACUUUGAGAAGAGUGGGGGUUACGAGGUCCUCGACAUAGCUGACAUGGAAUACGCAAUCCGGAACAAGUAUGGCGUAAGCUUUCAUGUGAACCUAAGCACAAGGACUUGCAGCUAUUUUGAGUUUCAGAUGCUGGGAAUUCCAUGCUCUCACGCAAUUUCUGCAGCUCUGAAAGCAAAAAUCAGUGUGAACGACCUCGUUUUGGAUGAAUACAAGGUUGCCUUCCUCAAGCAUGCUUACGAAGGAACUAUCCACCCCGAAACAGGGCCAAUUGGGGGGAUUCCAAUGCCCUGGGUAAUUACCGACCCCCAGUUAGGUCCACCAGCAACUAGACGCCCCCCAGGGAGGCCAAAGAAGCUGAAGUAUUUCUAA